ACAAACGAAAUUGAGAGAUUGAAGAAAAAAGAAUGGCGGGCUCCUUAAAAAAUCCUGCACAUUUCAUGAAACCUCUGUCAAGCCAUGGUGUUGGUACACCACCUUACAAAUUGCUGCCUCCAUCAGCCCUCACAGUACCGGCCAAAGUGGCUCCCAAGGUCACAGGGGUCUCAGGAGAGCCAAUGGCCCCCAAGGAAGAUGGAAAACAAUCCUCAUUAAAACCUGCUCACCAGACAUCUCCAGCCUCACAACAUGAGAAGGAGACCCAAGUCACCUUGCAACCAGAAGCCCCUGCUGUAAUACCCCAAGGAGCUACUGGCACUCCCCUUCCAUCCCCUAGCUACUCACCAUACCACCACCACCACCCACCCCCUCAAGCACCGCACCUUGCCCAACCCUACCCCCCUCCUCCUCCACCACCACCCAGCCACCCUGGACCAGACCCCCACCACCUUCUGGAGCUCCAGCGCCAGACCGAUAUGAUCGUCAGCCGGCAGGCAGCGGACAUCGCCCGCCUCAAGACGGAGCUGUCCACCCAGGAGGCCCAGCACUCUGGGGAGCUGGCCAGGAGCAGGGCUGGAAGCAGGGAGUCAAGAGUGGGGCUAGAGGAGGAGGUGCUCAGACUCAAACAAGAGCUGAAGAGAUGUAAUGCCAGCCACAAACAGCAGGUUAGUAAUAUGGGAGAGGAGCAUCAAAGAGAGACCAUCCAUCUGACAGAAAAGAUGAGGAAACUAACAGAAGAUCUCCAUAGCGUGAGAGAAGAAUCAGAUGGAAGGAAUGCCAAUUUGACGACUCGUCUAGCCGCAGAGCAGAAAUCAAGCAGUGAACAGAAAGAUCAACUUCAAAAUGACGUCAGGCAGAAGCAGGAAGAAAUCUCUCGUCUUACAACUCAAGUUGCUCAGCAGAAGGCUUACAUCGGCGAUGCUCUCCCUAGCAGUAGGACCUCGGCACAGUGGAACAUCGAGAAACAGAACUAUGACAAGAAACUCAAGCUGUUGGAGGAGGAGAAAGAAAACAUCCAAACAACUGCCGACAUGUUGAACGUGAGACUCUCAUCAAUGCAAGAGAUUAUGGCCAUUCAAGAGAAAGAAAUGACACAGGUACAGGAAACACAGCAUGAUGUGACUGAUAAGCAUCCUGGAGAAAUCCUUUUAACCAAAUGGAGAGAGAAGGUUUUUGCUCUCUUGGUUCAGAGGAAGUCCCUGGAGAUAGUUCUUAAGAAGGACGCAUCUACGCAUGGGGAUAAGCUCCACAGUCUUGAGGGUGAGUUAGAUGGAUCCCUAAACAAAGUUAGGAUCCUGGAGCAUGCCUUAGCAGACAAGGAGGCUCAGCUCCAGCUGGAGAAGAAGAAUGUUACGAAAGUGGAGCAUGAGCUAGUUUCAGUCCAAGAAGUAGCAGGAAUGCUUGAUAGUAGACUACAGGAGAGUGAGACUUGUCUUUGUAGAAUGAGAGAUAUGGUCAUUAGGUGUCACAAGUAUUCUAAUGGACUGGAUAUGCAAAGCAAAGAGAUGGUGUCAAGAUUAAAUUCUCAUCAACAACGACUGACUUUCGCUAUCAGCAGAAUAGAACUCCUGCAAGAUCUUCUGGCUCGUAAAGACUCAAUGUUGAAGCUGAAGGUCAGAGGUUCAAGCCUACAAGGAUACUCUGACUUAUCAACACAAACUGAUGAUCAAGGCUUGAAUCCAGACAGUAGUGCUGUCCCAAUGGAGCUGAAAGCGGAGCUCGAACGUCUUCAGAAGGAGAGAGAUAGUCUUGCUUCCAGGCUCAAAGAGGAUUCAGCAGUUUUCCAGCAGAGAAUUGAUGACAUCAGGGAAGAGAUGAUGGAGAAAACGGAUAAAUAUGAAGAAGAAAAUAACCAAUUAAGAGCCAGAGUAAUAGAUAGAGGAAAGGAGGUGGAGAGUCUAGAGGAGCAGCUUUCUGCCAGUGACAAGUCCUUGACCGAAGCAAGAGAAGAGACUGUCAGGUUUAGAACGGACCUUGCACGCUCUCAGCUAGUGGCAGAAGGAGCUUCAGAUGAGAAGUGCAAGUUGCUUGAAUCCCAACAUACAGAGAGACUAGCAGAGAUGGAGAAGAGAUUGAAUGAGGCUAGGAGGGAACAUGCUAAAGCAGUUGUAUCAUUAAGGCAGCUAGAGAGACGACAUACUCGUGAGAAGGAGAGAUCAUCAGAGGCCCUUGCAGCGCAGGAGGACUACCUCACCAAGGAGAUAUCUAAGCUCAAGACAAGGCUCAGUGAAGUAGAGGCCGAUAGAAAUAUGCUAAUGGUAACAUUAAGACAGGAAGGCCUCCUGGCAACUUGCAGGGCAAAGCAGACUGGUGACAUACCAUCUCUCAUAGAGAAAGAAAAUGGCAGUUGUGCUGGGGGUGAUGGAGAGAGAAGUGAUAACCAUUCCAUAUCACCCACCAACCAUGACAGACAUCCACCCGAUAGAGGAAGAGAACCCCUUCAUGCUGUGUUGAAGGAUUUACAGACCAUUGCUGCCAAAGUUUUAGAAGAUGAUGACGAUGAUGAUGAAGUAGAAGGAAAUGAGGAGUAGUCCAGGAAGAAAGAAAAUCAAGAGUCACUUAAACUUUCCAAGUAGUUUUUGUAUGCUAAUAAGAUAGAUGAAUUAUUUUCAAGGUAUAUUCUACUUCAGUGUACAACCAAAGGUUUGAGUUGUUUACCAAUACGUAACCAUUACAUGACCACUUUCACGAACUAUUUGCUGAUUUGACCAUCUUGUUCUUUUACAAUUGAACAUACACAACUGUUUUCUUAUUUUACCUAUUUUUAAACUUUCAUCUGUUUCUAUGUAUUAUUUGACUUCCCACAGGUCAGUUGUUAUCUCGGAUGGAUUCCCCUUACUUGUUUUGGAGUUGGGACAAUUUUUUUCUUGUAUGUCAUUUGUAACAAGUUCAUCUGAAAUCUCAGGCAAAGUACAUAGAGCAGUAAUGUUUACAAAUUUCAGUAUCUUUUAAUUAAUAGCUAAAAUACUGCAAGGGUUUUUAUAUUUGAUUAAUUUUUAUGGUACUGUACACUAUACAUGUACAUUCAAGUGAUCAAGUUAUAGACACAUUUAUUUCAUUUCUAUAAUGAAUAAUUUGGUGAUAAUUUAAUCAUGCUGGUCUAUAUGUAUUGAGUCAAUAAUUUUGAGGAGAUGAGAUCAAGUCUACUUCCUAUUAAAUGGAUUCAUGAAUUUGAUUAAUGUUCAGAGAAAAUAAAUGAAUAUUUUGAAUACGCGCCACAUGCAUUAAUUGCAAUGUAACAAAUCAAUUCAUCCUGUGAUUUUUUUUGUGAGGGAAACUUAUUUGAUUUAAUUAAGGGAAAUGUGUCACCUUGGUACAAUGUUUUGCCUUAAACAAAGAAAUGUAGAUCCUGGCAAUGUACAGUAUUAUCACUUAAUAAGAAAAUAUUUGACUUCAUGCAAGACUUUCAUAAGAGUUUCACAAGACAUCUCAUGCCAUUUCUAUCUACAUGUAUGCUUAGUAGAAUAUUCACAGCCUCUCAUUAAAUAAUUUGAUCUUGCACAUCAUUAAAUGUCUUUAUGGAAUGCUAUGAUCAGAUUUGAAUGCCUUUGUCAGUAUUAAAGUUGAUGCUAGAGAAUGAUUUCCCAGGUGUUCUAUCUGUGUUCAUUGUCUAUGGAUUUAUUUAUGCAUCAGCAAAUCUCUUACAAUUUUCCUUAUCUCUUCUCCCAUACGGAACUACACAUACCACAACCACAAUGCUAUAUUUAUCACUUUGAAAGACAAAAAUCAAAUAAAAAGUGAACAGAUUCCAGAUAAUUUGGGGUAGUAAUAUACUAAGUCUCCAUAUUUAAUAUCUAUACAUUCAUAACAGCCAACAAAUUCACCCGACCACCAAAACACUGACCUUGGUACAUACAACAGUAUAGGAAUAUCUUUGAAUGGAAUAAUGCUAUUUUCAAUAUACACGUAUCUCAUAAUUUUGUUCAAAACACACAUUCUUGGUAUACCAUUGCAAGAAAUACAAGUAUGAAGGAUAGUUAUUAUUUAGAGCUUUAAGCUUGAUGCAAGCAAGAAAUUUCUUCUAUAAUCAGCUAAUUUCAUCCAAUUUUAGCAUGUCUUGAUCAUUUAAUUCAUUAAUAAAAAAUUCAAGAUAAAUAACAGUAAAUAUUCAAAGAAAUACUGGCAUUACAUAGUAUAGUUAUCAACAAUUUUUAAAAAUAUGUUUAAAAAGCAGUGCUGCCCCUUGAACCUUUUAAAUGGUGUUUUAUGCAGGAAAUUCACUUGAAGAAAAUUUUUGGGUAAUUAUUAAAAGCAUGUACAUUUUUAUAAAUUAUUUUUUGAAUAGGGUGCUGUUUUUAGUUUCUUUGUUUUACCUGACCAGGGGACAGAUGGCUUUAAUUCUUUUAUGAGGGACUUAUGUAGUAAUGAUUGAUGCCUUAACAAUGGGCACAAGUGCAGCAAUUUAGUUUGGACCUCGCGGUUAAUAGACCGCUACCCUCGGACUGCGCCAUUGUGCCUCCCGUAUAAUUUACAAUAAUUUAUUAUUCCUUGCAAUCUUACAGCUUGUAGAGACAAUUGGAAACUUAUACAAAAAUUGUAUAAGGAAACGUAUAAAGAAUCAUUGUAUAUCGAAAGGAGCGUACAGACUAGAUGACAUCAUAUAAUCAAACUGGUUUAGAAUACAAAACUUUAAUCACUUGGGGUGGUGUUAAACCUGGCCUAAGUUAAUCCACGGACUACUUAGGCCAGGUUCAACUUUUUAUAGUCCAUGGACUAAAGUGAGUCCGCUUUCGAGAAUACCACUCAAAUCGUAUAGCAACUUUGGUAGUCUGGACGCAGGUUUAGUGGCACAGAAAAGGUUACAAAUGAAACCAGUAGAAUUUAAACCCGAGAUCAAUU